AUGUCUUACAAGAUCGCCGCCCCCGACCAGUACCUGGCCAUUACUGGCAUGGGCGUUAAGAAGAUCAAGAUUACCAAAGCAGCAUGGGUGUGGCCAUUACAGCGAUGCAUGCGGUUUAGCGUGCAACCAAACGACUAUGCUAGGAACCUCCAAGCUAUGACCAAGGAGAAGCUCCAGUUCCUCCUCCCCGUCGUCUUCACCGUCGGCCCCGACGUCAACCAACGAGGCGCCAACUCGGCCGACGACGAAGGCCACGACGACGACCGGGACCGCGAGGACAAGGGCGACGCGCUCAUGAAAUACGCCAUGCUCCUGGCCGACCGCGAGGUCGACAGCAAGGGCCACCCCCAGGAGGGCCAGUCGCACGUCGAGAGCAUCAUCAACGGCAUCAUCGAGGGCGAGGUGCGCGUGCUGGUCUCGUCCAUGACCAUGGAGGAGAUCUUCACCGAGCGCGAGGUGUUCAAGCGCCGCAUCUUCAAGAACAUCCAGUCGGAGCUGGCCCAGUUCGGGCUCAAGAUCUACAACGCCAACGUCAAGGAGCUCCGCGACGCCCCCAACUCGGAGUACUUCGAGUCGCUCUCGCGCAAGGCCCACGAGGGCGCCACCAACCAGUCGCGCAUCGACGUGGCCGAGGCCCAGCUACGCGGCAACGUCGGCGAGGCCCACCGCCGCGGCGAGCAGGAGCGCGAGAUCGCCAAGAUCAACGCCGAGACCGCCGUCCAGAAGACCGAGCGCGACAUUGAGCGCGCCGCCGCCGAGGCCAACCUCAGCACCCGUCAGGCCGGGCUCAACCGCGACGUCGAGAUUGCUCGCGUCACCGCCCAGCGCGAGCUGCAGUCCACGGACGAGGAGCUGAAACGCCAGGUCGAGAUCAAGCGCGCCGCCGCUGAGAUGGAGCGACUCCGCGCCCGCGACGUCGUCAAGGCUACCAUCGAGCGAGAGUCGGCCCAGCAGGUUGCCGAUGCGCGCGCCUACCAGGUCGAGGCUGACGCGAAGGCGCAUUUCGAAAAGUCCCAGCGCGAGGCCGAUGGGCAGGCUUACGCUACCCGCAUCAAGGCCGAGGCGGACCUCGUCACCGCCCGCCUGCGCGCCGAGGGUCUCGCCGCCAUGGCCGACGCCUACGGCAAGAUGGGCCAAGCCUUUGGCGGUCCCGCCGGUCUGCUGCAGUACAUGAUGCUGGAGAAGGGCGUCUACCAGGACCUGGCCCACGCCAACGCCGACGCCAUCCGGGGUCUGCAGCCCAAGAUUAGCGUCUGGAACACGGGGGCUGCUGGUGGUGGUGGUGCCGAGGGCGGUGCCGGGGCAGCCACGGGUACCGAGACCAUGCGCAACCUGUACCAGAUGCUGCCUCCUCUCAUGACCACCAUCAACGAGCAGACUGGCAUUACUCUUCCGGAGUGGCAGUUUGGCCGUCUCAAUGCCGCCACCGAUGCUGUGCGCCAGGGGGAGCAGAAGAACGUUAAUGGGGUCUCGUCUUGA